ACUUGCAGCCUCGGACGCGCGGCGAGGCGGCCGCCGCCGAAGGAGCCCCCGCCCCUGCGCGCCGCCCUCCCGGGAGCCGGGCCCCUGCCUCCCUCCGUGCGCGCUACUGCUCGCGGCCGCCGCUGCCGCCGAAGAGGAGCCCGGGGCCAGGCUGUUUGCAGGUCUGGCGGGGGGCCGGGCGGCAGCAGUGGUGGAGAAGGCGGCGGUGGGCGAUGCCCGGGAAGCCCGCCCAGGCCCAUGUGGCACCCUAGGUGGGAUGCCGGCGUCCUGAAGGCCGAGGCCCUGGCCCUCCUGCCCUGCGGCCUGGGCAUGGCCUUCUCGCAGUCGCACGUGAUGAGCGCCCGGAGACACCAGCACAGCCGGCUCCUGGUCGAGGUGGACGAGUACAGCUCCAACCCCACCCAGGCCUUCACCUUCUACAACAUCAACCAGGGCCGCUUCCAGCCGCCGCACGUGCAGAUGGUGGACCCCGUGCCUCAUGAUGCUCCAAAGCCGCCUGGCUACACCCGCUUUGUCUGCGUGUCUGACACCCACUCGAGGACGGACCCCAUCCAGAUGCCCUACGGAGACGUGCUCAUCCACGCGGGAGACUUCACGGAGCUGGGGCUGCCGAGCGAGGUGAAGAAGUUCAACGAGUGGCUCGGCAGCCUGCCCUACGAGUACAAGAUCGUGAUCGCGGGCAACCACGAGCUGACCUUCGACCAGGAGUUCAUGGCCGACCUCAUCAAGCAGGACUUCUACUACUUCCCGUCCGUGUCCAAGCUGAAGCCGGAGAACUACGAGAACGUGCAGUCGCUGCUCACCAACUGCGUCUACCUGCAGGACUCAGAGGUCACGGUGCGCGGCUUCCGGGUCUACGGCGCUCCCUGGCAGCCCUGGUUUUAUGGCUGGGGCUUCAACCUGCCUCGGGGCCAGGCCCUGCUGGACAAGUGGAACCUCAUCCCCGAAGGCGUGGAUGUCCUGGUCACGCACGGACCGCCGCUGGGCUUCCUGGACUGGGUUCCUAAGAAGAUGCAGCGUGUAGGCUGUGUGGAGCUGUUGAACACGGUGCAGAGGCGCGUCCAGCCGCGGCUGCACGUCUUCGGCCACAUCCACGAAGGAUAUGGUGUCAUGGCGGAUGGGAGCACCACCUACGUGAACGCGUCUGUGUGCACCGUCAACUACCAGCCCGUGAACCCGCCCAUCGUCAUCGACCUGCCUACGCCCCGUAGCUCCUGACUGCCUGCCCGUCCACCUCAGCUGCACCUGCGUGGCCAUGAGCACGGAGCCCCACCACCACCUGCCCGGCUGGCCCCCACGGUGAGGCCCCAGGAUGGUCUGGCAGUGCCCCCAGACCCCGUGUACCCCGGCACUGCUCCAUGCUGC